UAAACGCAACGCACCACCCAAUCCAUUAAACGACAUCGUACCAGACCCCUCUUUAUCAGUAAAGUAAUCUAUCAACUCACAGGCCACAACAACACACCCAGCCGGUAAUUUUCAAAAUCCCUAAAAAGCUUUUCAAAUUCAAAAAUGGCCGAAGCCGACACCACCACCACAUCCCCGCCGCACAUCCCAGAAUCCGAAACCUCCACCACAUUACCAACAACGGAGAAAAAAGAACCAAACAACGAGACGGAGAAGAAUCCGAAUCCGGGAACCAUCUCGCUCCGAAUCUGGCCGCCGACUCAGAAAACUCGCGACGCCGUCGUCAAACGCCUGACCGACACCCUAUCAACCGAAUCAAUCCUAUCCAAGAGAUACGGAACCCUCGACUCCGAAGAAGCCUCCUCCGUGGCGAAAUCAAUCGAAGAAGAGGCUCACGCCGUCGCUUCCGCCGCCGUGGUAGGUGAUGACGAUGGGAUCGAGAUCCUCAAGGUUUACUCCAAAGAGAUUAGUAAACAUAUGCUUGAAUCGAUGAAAGCUAAGAAGACCUCUGCGCCAAAGGCCGGUGAUGGUAAUGAAGAAGAAGAAACUGAAUUAGCCGCAGGAUUGGGUUCGGUGAAGCUUGAUGAAAACGAGGUGUGCAUUGGGGGCAGUUCAAUACUAGUUAUGUUCUUGGAAUUAGAGAAAUCAGCCUUUUUGAUUUUUCUGACUCUCAUUGUCUUUUACUCUUUAUUGGUUUUGGAGACUUGGAAUUUGAAACCUUAUUAG